AUCAAUUAUUAAAAAAGAAAUAAAGUGAGAAAUGUUUUUUUUUGUGUCAUCCAAAGAGAAAAUAUUGUUAAAGUUUUUUUUAGACGGAAUGAGUAUUGUAUUUGGAUUUUUUAUAACCAACAAAAGAAAAAAACAAAUCUAAACAUGAAUUUAUUAGCAAUGUCAUGUAACAAAUGCAUCCUCAAAUCAUGUAAAAACUAAUAAAUAUUGAGAUAGUUAAUGACCACACAUGCUUUCAAUUUUGAUGGAUAAAAAAGGAGGAAGGAGCUCCUUCCUUCCACAGAGGCCCUGUGAAAUUCUUGAAGGAAAAACAGGAAUGUCUGCUAAUUCGAUCCCACUCUCCUUUCUCCAUCCUCCCUUCUACACCAAUAAGCAGGUCUCUAAUGGCUUCCCCUGCUACCGGGUCAUGCUACCCGCUUCCACCCGGCCAUUGCCUCUGAUUGUUGAAGCCAAGUCCAGAACCAGUAGGGACGAUCGGGUUGCUCGCCAUUCUCGCCUUAGGAAGAAGGUUGAAGGUACUCCUGAAAGGCCAAGGAUGUCGGUGUUCCGUUCCAACAAACAUUUCUAUGUUCAAGUGAUUGAUGACACACAAAUGCAUACUCUGGCUGCAGUUUCAACAAUGCAAAGAUCCAUCUCUGAAAAAGUCGAAUACAGUGCUGGUCCCACCAUUGAAGUGGCACAGAAAGUGGGGGAAGCUAUAGCGAGGCUGUGUCUCGAGAAGGGGAUCACGAAGGUGGUGUUUGAUCGAGGCGGGUACCCUUACCAUGGGCGCAUUCAAGCUAUUGCAGAAGCUGCAAGAGCGAACGGGCUCCAGUUUUAGCAGCUUUGAGGUUGUACUCCUUGCCAUCAUUAUUCAUUGUUCCUUUCCUUUCCUGUUGCCUUUGUUUGGUAGUUCUUGCUAACUGUACAUGAGACAUACUACUACUACUACUACAUCUUAACCUCAAAUGUUUGUUGUAUUUCUGCACCAAGUCAAAGGUUGUGUGGUGUUGUCGUUCCAUUGCGAGCGGACUCACUCGUUCUUUCUUUGGGUUUCUGCGAUUAAAAAGUGUUUUUUAAGGUGCCAAAGACCUUCUGGUCAAGCGGUAUAGUUGUGGCUCUCCAAAAUGGGAAGUCACAUCUUCGAACCCCAGCAUGGUGCUACAGUAUAUU